AUGAGAUAUCACCAACAUUUUUCACCAAUACAAUACAACCACCCUUCACUGAGACAUCACCAACAUUUUUCACCAAGACAAUACAACCAUCCUUCUCUGAGACAUCAUCAACAUUUUUCACCAAGACAUUACAACCAUCCAUCAAUGAGACAUCACCAAGAUUUUUCAACAUGA